ACGGCGUGCUUGGCCAGCAUGGCUCGUACCAAGCAGACAGCUCGCAAGUCCACCGGCGGCAAGGCCCCUCGCAAGCAGCUGGCCACCAAGGCAGCUCGCAAGAGCGCGCCGGCCACUGGCGGCGUCAAGAAGCCUCACCGCUACCGGCCCGGCACCGUGGCGCUGCGCGAGAUCCGGCGCUACCAGAAGUCCACCGAGCUGCUGAUCCGCAAGCUGCCCUUCCAGCGCUUGGUGCGCGAGAUCGCCCAGGACUUCAAGACCGACCUUCGCUUCCAGAGCUCGGCCGUCAUGGCGCUGCAGGAGGCGUGCGAGGCCUACUUAGUGGGGCUCUUUGAGGACACCAACCUGUGCGCCAUCCAUGCCAAGCGUGUUACCAUCAUGCCCAAGGACAUCCAGCUUGCCCGCCGCAUCCGUGGGGAGAGGGCAUAAA